GUUCAGCACUAGUCUUCUCCUCCAGGGCAGAAAAGCUACAAGGCGUCCGGCUUUAUGUAGCUGGGGACGGAGAGCAGCUGUUCGCUUCCCAGGAUCAAUUCCCAAUUGAGGCACCGGGAGCGAAUCAGCAGCAGCAGCGCGCACCGAGCUCCUUGAAGUCCGACAGAGGCGCGCGCCGACGCUGUUGCACGAGCGCCCGUCCAGCUCCGUACUGGGCAAAAAAGACCCGCCCCUGCACCUAAGGAAACCAUCUGGUCGCAAGCUUGGCGUGGAAGAAAGGUCACUCUGCCAGAAUGCCAGAAGAAAAUUCUCCACGGUCGACUCCCCAGAAAAUCCCAUAUCAGGACCUUCCUCACUUGGUCAAUGCUGAUGGGCAGUAUCUUUUCUGCAGGUACUGGAAGCCAGCUGCUACUCCAAGGGGCCUGGUGUUUGUUGUUCAUGGUGCUGGAGAACACUGCUGUCGCUAUGAUGACUUGGCCAAGAUGCUGACAGGAAUCAACUUUUUCGUGUUUGCCCAUGACCAUGUUGGCCAUGGGCAAAGUGAAGGAGACCGUAUGGUUGUGUCUGACUUUCACGUGUUUGUCAGAGACAGCUUGCAGCACAUAGAUCUUAUGAAGAAGGAUCAUCCAGGUGUUCCUAUGUUUCUUCUGGGGCACUCCAUGGGAGGAGCCAUUGCCAUCCUCACCGCGUGUGAAAGACCAAAUGACUUUUCAGGCAUGGUAUUAAUUUCUCCUUUAGUAGUUGCAAGCCCUGAUGUAGCGACACCAAUCAAGGUAUUUGCAGCUAAAAUACUUAACUUUGUCCUGCCAAACUUGUCUCUGGGAUCUAUUGACCCAAAUGUCAUUUCCCGGAAUAAGAAAGAGGUUGAAACUUACCGUUCAGACCCUCUGGUUUAUCAUGGUGGCAUGAAAGUCUCCUUUGUCAUUCAGCUGCUGAAUGCUAUUGCCAAAAUAGAGCGCUCUCUCCCUAAACUGUUUCUUCCCAUCUUGGUGCUCCAUGGUUCACCGGACAAACUCUGCGACAUCCGAGGGUCUUACUUGUUGAUGGAUACUGCCCCAAGUCAGGAUAAAACAUUCAAGGUAUAUGACGAAGCCUUCCAUGCUCUCCACAAAGAGCUUCCCGAUGUGACUACUUCUGUUUUUAAAGAAAUAGAAACAUGGAUUGGCCAGAAAGCAGCUGAGGAAGCCCACCAAUCUAAGCAAAAGCCACUCUGAAACCCGGUGUCUGGUGGUUGGGGUAUACUGGGAAGGGUUCUUUUUGUUUUAACAGCCUCUCUUUGAGGGGAAAGGUCUUAUAGGGGGCUCCUGAAUUAACUUAUUUUUUACAAGAAAUUGCUGUAUUACCUGGCGUGGGAUGGGAGGAGAAUGCCAUGCUCCAUUUAAAGCAGUUACUCUACAGAGGAAAGAGCUAGCAAGGACAUUAGUGUGGACUUUACAGCUGGGAGUGCCAUUGUAUUAAAGGACUUUGUCCAGUCUUUCGCCAAACCUAGUUUUUUUGGUUUUCCCAAGGAGUUCCUGAGGUGCUGAGGUAAUUUUUUAUAUUGCAAUAAUUUUUGGAAUGUUUCAAAGUUUGGCAUCUUCCACAGCAUUCUGUUUUUACUCUUGCCAGAUUUUAAUUCUUCCCUCCUGUUCUUUGAAAAUUUUCAAGCCUUCUAAUAGGACCCUUGUAUUUGACAGAUAGAGAUAGGAUUAGGAAGCUGAGGAAUUCAGAACAUCUCACAAUACUCAAAUAUAUAUUCCAGAUAAUCUGGCCAAAGGGUUUUCCCCCAUACAAACCCCAACAGGCCUUGAAAGAAGAGACCAUUAGAUGAUAGAAACAGCAUAGUUUUGCACUUUGAAAGGGUGUAGUUUGUACUCAGACCAUUAACAUUUAGCCCCAGAGUUGACACCAUGGAGAAAUGAGAGUAUGUAAAAUAAUGUAUCUAGAUUCUAGAAGACUUAAAAGCUUUGAAGAUACGUUGCUGCUCCCAGAAGCCAAAUCAUUUUUCAAUGCAAGAAAUGUAAAUAGUUGGGCUGCUUUUUUGGUCCCUGGGUUACAGAUAACUUAAAGUAUAUAGCUGAAAGUUAUAUUUAAGAGAGAAAUAAUAAAAAUAAUAUAUAAAGUUUCUGUAGGUUGUUCAAAGAUAUCUUAAGGAGGAUGAAAGAGUACAAUAUGGAAUAGAUGCCAAGGCAGCCAUUCCUUUGCCUAAUAGCUUUUAUGCCAGAGAACUGCCUUUGCCACUUGAAAGCUGGGAAAUAAGUAAGCACUGCUUCUCCUUUUUUCUCAAAUUCCUGCUCCUACUCUGACUUAGAUGUUGGCCAGACACUGGUGAUGCUUGGAAGGCAAGGAAACCAAAGAGGAGGAAGAAAGAGUGGGCCUAACAUAACUGCUGCAAGAAUGUAAAGAAAUACAGAUAAUUCUAACUCUCUACUGCCAUUGAGAGGCUGUUUGAAUUUUUGCAGCAAGUUAACGAUAGGUUGAAAAAAGGGCUUUUUCAGCAGCCACAGACAAACUUCCAAAUAGCACUUAAUCAGCAGAGAAGGUUACUGCUGAAAAUUGUUGAGGAAAGCCAAUUAUUAUAUAGCAUGUACAGUGGAAGACUGAGAUGUGCAUGAAGGAAUUUAGAGCUUCUACAAUUUGGCCACCUUUAAAAGGCUGCAGAGAGAUUUUUUGAAUCUCUUUGCUUCCAUCUAUUGGUCAUUUAGAGUUUUGCAGCCUAGACAUAAAGGCUUGGUGCACUUAUGAAUGGGACAAGGCAGCUGUGUGCAAUCUCAAUUUCACCUGAUGUUGAAGUUUCAGCCUUAAUUGUGACUAACUACUUAAUAAAGAACAGCAACACUAGAAAAACAUGAGGGAGCUGCCCAUGGUAAUCACAUAUUUGCUAUGCAGCAAGUAGCAUUUUCAUGAGUUCUUUAGUGGAAGAAAUUCUAUAUUAUCAACUCUUGUAAAAUAGUGAGUCUUUUCUUAUAAUCCAUUUUUUAAUUGCUACUCACUACACCUUUAUUGCAUGAGAUCAAUACAAUUUACAGGCUACUUCUAAAUCUGAAUUUCCUGUGUAGAAAGCCUGAUGUUCUACAGAACUAGGUAGCUAUUUUCCCCAAGAAUCAGUAAUCCUUUUUGCAACCAUCAGGCACGUAUUCACGUGAUUUUGUUGCCUGCAUGUGCUUUCUGUGUAGGAAAGAUGUAAUAUUUCAAGUAUCCUUCAAAUAUUACAACUGAUGUGGCCAGUGUGAAUUGGAAAGGAAAAUAUGGCCUAAUGAAUGCUAGGAUACAACAUUAGUAAAAACAUGAGAUCUCCAUAGUUCUUAAUUACCAAAAUUAAGAUGGAUGAGAUGAGAAGUUGGAGGAGAGUGAAUAAUUUACUUUUCAAUAUAUCAAAGAUUUUAUACCUAAUUAUUUGGAUGUGAUUGCUGAUUUAUAAGUGUGGAUUCAUUAAUUAAUUUGAAAGUCAGAUUAAUUGGCAGGUAGUAGAGACACUAGUAUCACUAGUAAGUAACCCAAAGUCAGUGGGGGAAAAAAAAUCAGUUUUCUAACAGGUGCUCCAAUUUUUAAUAAGAUCUUUUUGAGGCAUUGCAAAAAAAAUACUACACACAGUCCUGAAAAUAAGGUAUCUUUCUGGAAACCAGCACUCACUCUAAAGACUAUACUAAUGGUACAGUUUUUAGAAUAUUCUCUCUGGCUAAUCUUCCAGUUUGGGAGUGGGAGAAUCACACAGUAUCAUUAUUAAAGGAUUUUACACAAGCCUCUGUAAAACAGAGUUGCUCACACAGUUUGACAUUCCACCUUGAAAAAUAAUUUUGUAUUUUCAUGGGCAGCUCCAAAUCUAUUUUUAACAAUUGUAGUUGGGAUGCAAAAUUGCAAAUGACUAUUAAAUGGCAGCAAAAUAAUAAUAGAUAGCUUUUUGCUGUUAUAUAGUGAUCAUUCUGCAUUUCUGCAGUCCAGAUAUAUUUUAAUAAGUUCUACUCCUUCCUCUAGUGAAAAUGCAAGUACUAGAUGCCUAAUAGGGUUUGCAGAGAUUUGGAGUUGAUGGGCAAAAUUUGGAGGCCGUGAUGGUGUUACUUGCAUGCCUACUCAUGCGCUGAAUCACAUUUUGCUUUUCACAUAUGGAUCUCUACACAGCUGUAAUUCCAAAUGCAUUAUAGGAAUCUGCAAGAGAAGCUCAGUAGGAAUAACAAUUGCCUGUUUUGUGCCUCUGUGUGCAAAUCAUCAAGAUGCCUAAAGUGACAUGCCUGAAUUAAUUCUUGGUAGCAUGGAUCUUAUGGAUCGUUCCAUAGCACAAAAGAAAGGUCCUAUCCACCAUAUAUGAGAAGCUACUGUAGCUUGAAAGGGAAGUCAUUUACCAUUCCGUGAGCAGGACUAAGGGCGACCAAAAGUGUCUCUUCAGAGUGUGUGUGUGUGUGGGGAGGGGGAUAGGCAUUAAAAAAAGGGGAGACUAGUUAUACUAUGGCUGUAGCAAGAGUUCUAUAGAAAUGGAAACAAGGGUUCAAGGCAAUCAUAAUAGAGAUUAUUCCAAAGAUGUACAAUUUAGUUUAAUUCUUAACCUGUUCAAAUGUAUUGGGAUUUUAGCUAUAGUGAAAUAAAUCUAGACCAGUACUGCUUGUUCUGGACUGCAAACAUUUAAAAAA